UUUUUUUCGAGAACGGUUAAAAAAUUAAUGCUGUAUCAAGAGUAAGUAAGCUAAUGUCAAUAAACUUUUUUGUACUGGUCAAUAUAGUGGUUCAAUUUUAUUUGAUUUUACCACUCAUAUUGAUGUCCGUUAAGUCAAUAAAUCGUGUCAAAUCUAUAGAUUUCGGCUACAGCUCAUUGUAUAAUGCGAAAUAUCGUGAAAAAAUGCAAGUGACCUGCAGUAGGUACAUUAAUUCAGGUCAGCGGCCAGGAGAUCGUUCAUGGUCUCCACCGUUAAAUGUGGUAACACUAACGAUGAUAAUUGUUUUUCCGGGGAUUCCCCAACGACACUUGUAGCGUAUCAUUGGGUUUCUCUUUCCUUUUAUUUUACUUUGACGUCGUCAGUGAACAGUGAGUACCUACCUACUCCAGCACAAUCGAAUAUUGUAUUGUUUAAAUAAAUUAGAAAACUAAAAUUAUGGAUAAAAAGAAGAAACCCAGUGGUGCAUUUAAACGUAAACAACGUCAAGAAAAAGAAGAUAGUAAACAAAAAUUGCCCAAAAUUGACAAGUUUUUUAGUCAGCCUUCUGCAAGUACAUCUGGCCAAAAUAUUUCUAUUGAUAGUGACUCAAAUAAUGUGGUAACUGCAGUGUUGGUUGAGAAGCCUACUGAAGAAGAUUCGACAAUUAUUGCAGUUGGAGAUACCUCCGCCGCCGAUCAUGUGAACCUGGAUGAUGUUUGCAUGACACACAUAAGAGCGGAGGGUUUGGAGGAACCACAGACCUCUACAUUUUUCGAAAAUGUGUACGACAAAUCUUCUUAUGACUUGGGAAACUUCACGAACAAAAUAUUAAGUGAUAACGAAAAACGUCAAAUUCUUGAUAUCGGGCCUUUACAGCCUUCAGGACCUUUUCCAACAGACAUCAACCAGAACAAUAGACGCUGCCUAUUGUCAACCCUGCUGGUUAUUUGCUUCACAGAGGAAUAAUGUUUGGUGUGCGGGAAUUCGAGAUUGGAAGCAUUUAUCAGAAAGAAUUAAACAACACAGUUGUUCGAGUAGCCAUUCAGAAGCAUGUGCUGUGUAUGAAUUGUGGAAAAAAAACGAUACUAAUACUAUCGACAAGGAACUUGAAAAUGAAAUUCGCAAAGAAGCUUCAUUUUGGAAAAUGGUUCUUCAAAGGUUAUUCGAUAUCAUACUUACCCUAGCAAAGAGUUCUUUGGCUUUGAGAGGACAUCAAGAAGACUUAAGUCAGGAAGGAUA